AUUUAUUUAAACAAUUCUAUAAUUAACAACUACUAAUAAUUUCUGAACUUUUUUAUUUAUAUAAUACGUAUAAUUUUUUAAAUAAUAUAUAUAUGUAUAAAUACAUAAACAUUUUUUUAAUAUAUAGGAAAUUAAUACAUAUAAGAAAGUUAUAUAUUAAACAUAUAAUCAAGAAAUAUAUAUAUUUUUUAAAUUGAAUGAAAAUACAUUUUUUACAAAAAUAAAAAAAUCUUGAUUUUUAUAUGUAAGAAUAAUUAAAUUUUUUCAUAUUAAAUUAUACAAAAAAAUUUAUAAAAAAUACAUCUUUGUAAAUGUUAUAAUAUAUAUAAUAUUAGUGUUUUCAACUUUCAAAUUAUAAAUAAAUACAAAAUUUUAAAAUAGAAAAAUUUUAUAAUAGUUUAAUUUUAUCAAUACUUGAUUGUCCUUAUAUUUUUUCUUGAUGAAGUUUUUUAGAAAUUUAAGAUGAAAAAUUAUUAUUAUAAAAAAUUGUACAUUAUAUAUUAAACUUUAAAAUGUAAAUGAAAAUUGAAGAACUAAAUAAAUAAAAAGUUCAAAAAAAUAAAAUCAGAGUUGUAAAGAAUAUAUAUAAUAUUUUUCGUAGAAUUAUUGUUAUUUCGUAAUACGUAAUCGAAAUAAAUAGCACCUGAAAAAAAUAUAGAGUCUAACGAAACCAACCUGUGCAAACACAUAAUCAAGUUAUGAUUCUUAUAAUUGGCUGAAUCACAUCUAUUAACUACUACCAAUAGCAUAUAUCAGUAUGUGUUACAUUUGAUGAGGUUAUACACAUACAAGUGGUUUAUUACCUGUACCUGUAUCAGAUGCCAAUUUAACUAACGUAUAGUACUUACAGAUCAUUCAUGCUUUAUAUGUCGAAACAAUUAACCUCUAAUAUCUUAUAAUAAAUUAUUUUUUAACAAUAAAAAGGAAAUAAAUUAAGAAUUAUAUAUUGAUUGUAAGUAGAUAAAUAAUAUAUUUUUAGGAAAAAAAAACAACAAUUACAAAUAAAUGUAAAAGUAAUUAUAGACAAGUAAUAUAUUAUUUUAAAGUGAGCUUUUUAUCAAUAUUGUCAAUAUGGAAGUAAAAUGUAACCUAUCAACGGUUGUUGAAAAAAAAAAAUGGUCUAUUGAAAAAUUUCUGGCUGAAUUUAAUUUAUCAGAAAAAGAUGGUAAUUUGAAUUAUGCAAAUUUUCAUUCAAUUUGUGUUACGCUUUUUUAUCCAAAUGAAAUCAAACAAGAUGAAUGGAGGAUUCGAGAGAUAUUUUGUUCAUUUGAUCUAAACAAAGAUGGUAUAUUGCAGCAACAAGAGUGGAAAACAUUCUGUGAUUGGUUACGAGUGAUACUUGAACCUGUAGAUGCACUUUUGAUUAUAGACAUUCAAAAUGAUUUUAUUGAUGGGUCUUUAGCUCUUCGUGCUUGUGAAGCCAAGCAGGAUGGAAUCGAUGUGGUGGAACCAAUUAAUUAUUUAUUAAAAAAUGGACUUUUUGAUAAAAUUAUUUAUUCGUUAGAUUGGCAUCCGGAAAAUCAUAUCAGUUUUUAUGAAAAUUUACAUUUACGAGAAUUACAUCCAGAUUCAAAGGUUACAAAAGACAAUGCCAAGCUAUUUGAUACAGUGGUUUUUGCGGAUCCUCAUUCGGAACAGAUACUCUGGCCUAAGCAUUGCGUAAUGAAUACAUGGGGAUCUCAAUUACACAAAGAUCUUUUGAUUACACCUAAUUCUGUGCAGGUACGUAAAGGUCAAAAUUCAAAUGUGGAUGCUUACUCUGUAUUUUCCGAUAACAAUUAUAAAGAAACAAUGGAAUUGCAAAAAAUUUUGAAUGAAUUAGGUGCGACACGCAUCUUUGUAUGUGGCCUCGCUUACGAUGUUUGUGUAAAAUUUACAUGUUUAGACGGACUUCAAUUAGGCUAUGCUUUAGCUGUUAUUGAUGAUUGUUGUCGUGGUGUUUCGAUGCCUAAUAUUGAAAAAACUAAAAAAUUAAUCUGUGAGAAUGGAGGACUUAUCACUAAUAGUCACGAUGUUGUUGAAAUGAUAAACGAGGGAAAACGAAGCCUUAUUAUGAGUCAUCAAAUUGCAAAAGCAAUGAUUUGCUGCCAUGCAGCAAAUUGUAUGAAUUAAUAUUGUAAAAUUAAUAUACAUAUAUAUCCUGUUUUAGUAAAUGUUCCUGUAAAUGGUUCGUUAAAAAAUUAUUAUUUAAAUUUUUUAAAAUAUUUAUUAGAUUUAUUUUAUUAUGAUUUUUUUCUUAUACUUAUUACUUAAUAAUGAUUAUUUAUAAUCAUUCCUAGUUCAUUGUACUUAAUUAUUAAAUUUUAUUAUAAGUUUUAUUAUUUAAUAAUAAUUUAUAUUAUUAAAUAAUCGAUAAUUAUAUCGAAAUAAUAGUAAUAAUGAUAUAAUAAUUAUAUCAUUGCUUAAAUUAAUUUUAAUAUUAGUUGAACUUAACAUGCAGUAUUUGAUGAUAUAUAUGUAUAUAUUUGAUAUUAUAUUAAGUUAUAUAUUGUGUUUACUUUAUUUUUAUAUACAUGUAUUAUAUUUUUUAACAUUAUUAAAUAUGAAUUUUUGAAAUCAAAUAAAUAUAUAUGCAACAAA